UAGCCUUGUUCAGGAGCUUGCCCACCUCCCCCUGGCCGGCUUAGGACAGUCCCCUCCUAGGAGAGGGCACCGCGCACCGAGGAUGAGUUGGCCGGUUCACAGUCGGUGCCCGCGGUUCACAGGCUAAGGGAGGGGAGGUUCGAGAAGGAGCAGUUCCUUUUUCCAGGGAGAUCACGGGUGGAAAGACUCGUUCACUCGCUUCCUGGCCCCAGCGCCCCAGUUCCCUGUCCUUCUUACCGGUCCCCUCCCCCUCCACACCCAGAAAUAGCCGGCGACACCAGAAGGCCGCGGGCUUCCCGGGGCGGGGGAGGGGUCCGCCCGCGGCUCCCGAUGAUUCCCUUUGGAUGCUGGUCUGCAGAUAGACAGGUGCUGGUAGGGCAAAGAAAUAGACCCCUUGGUUCGCACGGCCCGAGCGGCAGCGUGCUCCUAGAACGUGUAUAUUUUUUAAUGCAUCUUUGGGGAAAACCGAGCCAAGCCAAUAGGGACAUGGGGGCACUGAGGUCGUGGAGGAAGGUGGUAGAUGGCACCUCACCCUCACCGCCUCACUUAGCUCCCGCCUGAGAGGAGUUUAUUGCCAAGAGACUCUUGCCCAGUCCAGGUGGGCCUGCGUUUCCUCUUACCCCACUUGGACUGGAGCACUUCCACACUGCAAGAGAGACCGGAACUUUCAGUGGGAAGUUUUAGGAUGAUGAGGGUGAAUGUGUCCAUGAAUCACUGGCAGAGCUGUUUGAGACGGAUGUGAGAAUGUACAAUUUUGGCUGGGAAGGAAGUAAAACUUACUGCCCCUGUCCGGCCACACCCCUAGCACCACCUUCCAGAAAGCCUCCUUUGCCCAAGGAUGAAAUUACCAAGGCAGUUACUGUCGUGGGCCUUUCUAUGAGGUUGUCCAUUCUGCCACCCAGACAGUACUUCUUGCUGGCCCUGUCUUCUCCUCUUCCCUCUGGCUUGAAGCCUAGGCAGCUGUGACCUUUUUCAGCUUGGCCAGCAGGCAGGAGAGGAUGUGUGUGUAUCUAAGGUGGGGUUAUUCCAGGACCUAGUCUGGUGUCUAACCUGAUGCGGGACACUCUGGCCUGGCAGGGUCAUCAAUGCUGGCAAGAGCAGGCACAAUGAGGACCAGGCUUGCUGUGAAGUCGUGUAUGUGGAAAGCCGGAGGGUUACAGAGGCCUCCAGGGAAUCUACUGUUAACCAGGGACUCUGCUUCUACUACUGGGGCCUGUUUGAUGGGCAUGCUGGUGGUGGAGCAGCUGAAAUGGCUUCCCGACUCCUGCAUCGCCACAUCCGGGAACAGCUGAAGGAUCUAGUAGAAAUACUUCAGGACCCCUUGCCACCUCCCCUGUGUGUCCCAUCCACUCCAGGAACCCCAGGUUUCUCUGAUCCCUCACACCUGGUCAGCCCUCAGUCCUGCUGGUCUCCACAGAAGGAAAUAACCCACGAGAGCCUGGUAGUAGGGGCCAUUGAGAAUGCCUUCCAGCUCAUGGAUGAGCAGAUGGCUCCGGAGAGGCGUGGCCACCAAGUGGAGGGGGGCUGCUGUGCACUGGUUGUGGUGUACCUGCUAGGCAAGAUGUAUGUGGCCAAUGCAGGUGACAGCAGGGCCAUCAUUAUCCGGAAUGGUGACAUCAUUCCAAUGUCCAGGGAGUUCACACCAGAGACAGAGCGCCAGCGUCUUCAGCUGCUUGGCUUCCUGAAACCAGAACUGCUAGGCAGUGAGUUCACUCACCUCGAGUUCCCCAGAAGAGUUCAGCCCAAGGAACUCGGGCAGAGGAUGCUGUACAGAGACCAGAAUAUGACUGGCUGGGCCUACAAAAAGAUUGAGCUGGAGGAUCUCAGGUUUCCUCUGGUCUGUGGGGAGGGCAAGAAGGCCCGGGUAAUGGCCACCAUUGGGGUGACCCGAGGCUUGGGAGACCACAACCUUAAGGUCUGCAGUUCCACUCUGCCCAUAAAGCCCUUCCUCUCCUGCUUCCCAGAGGUGCGAGUGUAUGACCUGACACAGUAUGAGCAUUGUCCAGAUGAUGUGCUAGUCCUGGGAACAGAUGGCUUGUGGGAUGUGACCAAUGACUGUGAGGUAGCCGCCACUGUGGACAGGGUGCUGUCAGCCUAUGAGCCCAAUGAUCCCAGCAGGUAUACAGCUCUGGCCCAAGCUCUGGUCCUGGGGGCCCGGGGCAUCCCCCGGGACCGUGGCUGGCGUCUCCCCAACAACAAGCUGGGUUCCGGGGAUGACAUCUCGGUCUUCGUCAUCCCCCUGGGAGGGCCAGGCAGUUACUCCUGAUGGGCUCUGCCCCAACCCUCUCACUGCCAUCUCUGCUUCUCCAUACUUCCCCUUCUCCCAGUCCAAAUACUGAAGUUGUGUCCCCGACUCGAGUGGCCAUUUAAUUGACAAAGGGAUGCCCACCAGAUACAGAAUUUCAGCAACUGACAAAUAAACCAGAUGGAUAAA